AUGGGCGGUGAGGUGGGCGAAACUGCCGGCGUUGGCGAGAGCGAGUAUGCUCGCCAGAGACGGACGCUUUUCAAGAUCUUGCACGACUUGAAGGCUCUCGGGCACGUCUUUCACCUAGUCCCUGUGCCUGUGUGCGCGCUGAAACCAGCCGGGAAGAGCUCCCUAGUCGAAGCCGUUACCGGAGUGAAGGUCCCGCGCGACGACGGAAUGUGCACACGAUGCCCGAUGGAGUGUACCAUUCUCUCCGGCCCCGCGUGGUCCUGCACCAUCUCGUUGCGUAUCUCCCCAUCCCCGGACGCCCAGUACUCGCCAGUCCUCUCGCGCUCGGACGAUGUGGAGCUCUGGAUUCGGCGGGCUCAGGCUACGCUCCUCUGUCCUCAUCUUCCCCGACACGCCUUCAAGACAAAGAACGCGGAGGAGAUCAAGGCGAUGACGGAGAAGGUCGAAGGGAAGAACGAAGCGGUCAAGACGGUCGUGAGCGAUUCGGUUGUGAUCAGCAUCGAAGAUCCGGCUGGAGCUGACCUUAUCUUCGUGGACUUGCCGGGGCUGGUGGAGAACGAAGACUUGGAGGUGAUUCGGCUCAUUCAGAAUCUCGUCACCGAGAAUAUCAAACAUUCCUCCACGUUCAUCCUCGUUACCCUGCCUGCCGUCGAUAAUAUUGAGAAUCAGAAGGCGAUGCGACUCGCGAAGGAGGCCGACCCUGAGGGCAAGCGGACCAUCGGGAUCGUUACGAAACCCGACACUGUCGUCACAGGAUCGACUGACGCGGUAAAGCUGUGGACGGAGACCUUCGCGGGCACCGGCAAGCACAAGCUCCGACUGGGCUAUUACGCCGUGCGGCUGGCGCUCGAUGCUGAGCGCAAGGAGGGCAUCUCGCGCGCCGAGCUGUCUCGCCGCGCGACGAGCUUCUUCGCCGCCAACGCCCCGUGGAAAGACAUUGCCGCGAACCGGCUCGGCCUCGACGCGCUCGUGCGGGACGUCAGCGCGCUCCUCAUGAGCGUCCUCAUCCGCGACCUCCCCAAGCUGAUGGACCAAGUCACGCGCCUCAUCGCGUCGACCCAGCGCGCGCUCGCGUCCGUCCCCACACCGCCGAUCUCCGCGAAGGGCGCGACCGCAGAGGCACUUGACCGCAUCGUCGGCUUCUGCGUCGCGCUGAGCCGCAAGGUCCACGGGCGCGCGGACGACCGGACGUUCGUGCACCGCACGCGCGAGGCGUACCUGACGAUGAAGCAGGCGAUGCGCCGGAGCGCGCCGGAGUUCUGGCCGUUCGAGUGCGCGCUGGAGCAGUGCGAGCGGGAGUUCCGGCGGCCGCAGGAGCUCGACGCGGUGGUGGAGGAGGAUGCCGCGUGCAAAGUCAUGGGGCUAGUUGACGUGCGCAAGGUCAUCAAAGAAUGCACUGGCUGGGAGCUCCCAGGCCACAUCCCAUUCGAUGCCAAAGCGCAGCUCAUCAAGGGCUUCGUCGACCAGUGGGAGGACCCGUCCGCGACGGCCUUCGAGAACGUCGCGCGCAUACUCGAGAGCGUCGUCGUCGAACUCAUCGAGGAUAACUUUGGGACGUUCCCGAAAUUCAAGGCUUCCAUCACGGCUCUCGUCGCGGCACAGAUGAAAACCCACGCGAAAGACUGCUCCGACGCGCUUAUGAGCUCCCUCGACCACGAGCAGAUUGCGUUGUUCACUCAGAACGUGCACGACCUCCGCGUCGGCACCGAGCGGUGGCACGAGCACUAUCAGUGGCUCCGGUACCGCCAAGAGUCCUCCUUCCGCAUCAGCGGGAAACCGACCGCUCAUGCUCCAUACGUGACCAAUGAGCCCAGGAGUCCGACAGUUGCGCCGCGCGGGGGUAUAUACUCUACCGACUUCCGGCGGCUGCUCCCCGUGGACGAGUACAAGGACGAGAUCCUGGUCAUGGCCGAGGUCCGCGCGUUCUUCCACAUCGCGUACAAGCGUAUAAUCGACCACAUCCCGACCCGGAUCCAGCACGACUUCGUGCAGAAGUUCGCGGACGGGCUCCAGGGCCGGCUCCUCACCGAGCUCGCGGUCGAUGCGCCAGAGUCGCUGAAGCGGUUCGAGUCGUGGAUGGAGGAAGAUCCGGAGAUCGCAGUGACUCGGAAGCGGCUGACGGAGCGUAUGGAGAAGUUGAUCCACAUCCAGACCCAGCUGGAGGAGUACUCGGCGUCGCAGUAG